AUGGUUGAACAAAGUGAUAAGGUGAUAGGUGAAAGUGAGGCUUCAAAUACAGCAAGUCAUACUGAGAUAACUCUGUCAGCUAGUGCUAAAAGAAGGAGAAAAAGGUCUGCAGCUUGGGAUCAUUUUAUAGAAGUUGAAACUUCCGAAGGUACAAAAGCAAAAUGUAGUCAUUGCUAUAAGUUGGACUAUUUUAAGUCAAGAGAUGGUACGUUGACUCUUCUUGGUCAUUUGUCGACAUGUCCUAAACUUCCUACUCCUCUUGUUGAUAAAAAACAAUCAACCAUAGGCUUUAAAUCUAUUCUGGGGGGAAGUCAAUGUGAUGUAGCUGUUGUCUCUUGGAAAUUUGACCAAGAAGAGUGUAGGAAGGCUUUAUGUCGUAUGGUAAUAGUUGAUAAGCUUCCUUUUAGCUUUGUCAAAAAAGAAGAUUUUAAAGAAUUUAUGAAAAUGGUUCAACCUCAUUUUUGGAUCCCUUCCCAUAGUACUGUAACUAGGGACUGUUUUAAUCUAUUUAAUGAAGAAAAACAAAAGUUGAGGAGGUAUUUUAUAGAAACAAAACAGAGAAUUUGUAUUACCGCUGAUAUAUGGACUUCUAUACAAAGGAUCAAUUACAUAUGUAUCACUGCCUAUUGGAUCGAUAGUGAUUGGAACAUGCGCAAGAAAAUACUUAAUUUUUGUCUUAUUAUUAGCCAUAAAGGUGAAGAUAUGGCAAAUGGUAUUAGUAGGUGCUUAUGUGAGUGGGGAAUAAUUAAGAUCUUUACUGUCACAGUUGAUAAUGCAAGCUCAAAUGAUGUGACAGUGAAAGAAUUGUCUAAGCAAUUAACAAAAAUGGGAACUAAUUUGAUGAACAGUAAUCACCUUCAUGUGAGGUGUAUGGCUCAUAUCAUGAAUCUUAUUGUUCAGGAUGGUUUAAAAGAAUGCUCUUUGUCUAUAAAACGUGUUAGACAUGCAGUUAGAUAUGUUAGGCAGUCUCCUGCGAGGUUGAAAAGAUUUCAAAAAAGUUGUGACGAUGAACAACUUAGUUGCAAAAAAUCUUUAUGUUUAGACGUUCCAACUAGGUGGAAUUCCACCUAUCUGAUGUUGAGUAGGGCUGUUGAAUUUGAGAAUGCAUUUUCAAAUUAUGCUUCACGUGAAAUUGGCCUGAGACAUUACUUGAAAAUUCUUAUGUUGAAAUUGGAAUCACUGUUGGUGAACUUUUGA